AUGACUUCGCCACCCGAUCUGGACCCAUAUGUGGUGCUGGGCGUUUCCAAGGAUGCUACCGUCGCCGAAAUCCGAGGUGCCCAUCGAAAACGAGUAUUGAAAUGCCAUCCCGACAAGGUGCAAGAUGAAUCCCAACGAAUUGCCGCUCAAGACGAGUUCCAGCAAGUGCAACAGGCCUACGAAACACUCUCUGAUGAGACACGCCGCGCCCGCUACGAUCAAAAGGCCAAGCUAGCAGAGCUCAAGCGGGAAUUGCUCGAGAGGCGCAGACGGACCGCCGAGUCAACACCGUUCUCCUCUCCACGAGGCAGUGGAAGUGGAGCUUCCCGUGAAGUGCGAGAAGGUCGUGUCUUUGAGGAACGAGUGCCAGUGGAUAUCCUCUUGGAUGAGGAAUUGCGGUACACAGAGGAGCCCCGUUCAAUGUCGCGCAAGUACGAGGAGUUUGGCAUGCGAUCCAAGUCGAAACCGACCGAAGAUAAGAAGAAAGCUCGUACGCCCGUUAGCAGCUAUCGAGCCGCCAAAGAGCUGCGCGAGACAACCAAAGCAAAGCUGGCUGAUCAAGCCAAGCAACGCGACCGCGAGCGCCGCCGCCAAGCCAGCGUCAAAUACGACAACUAUGAUUCGUAUGCAGACUCCGACAGCGGUUCCGAAUCUAGUGGCUCCGAUAUCUACGUACGUCUUAAGAAGCCGGCUCACCGAUCCCGCGAGCCCCGUGAGUCUCGAGAACCUCGGGAAUCCCGAUCCCGGCCAGCGGAGUCUAUGCGACGCCGUGGUCGUUCCUACGAUGACGAUGAUGAAGAAGAUGAGCUGCCCAGCCGAUACACCGGCCAUAAGUUUGACAGGCAGCAGUACCUGGCUGAGGAGCACAUUCAACGCUCCAAGCAUGAAGCCCCGCGGGGGUCUCGGUCCCCACAGCGACACCAUGGUUACGAGUCAGCCGAACCAGAGAUGAAUACCAGUCGGCGCGCGGCUCGGUCCUCCCGCUCGACCCGGAAUCAGUCUUCCUCACGUAACAACUCGUGGGAACACCUCGAGUCCCCGCGACGGGAGCGUGAAGAGUUCAAGGUGCCCAAGAUGCCUACUUCCUCCACCUCUCCCGGCUACAAGUCCUCUAUCCGCCCUUCCUUGUUUGGAGCCCGCGCCACCACCUCGGCUGGCUUCACUCGUCCCAAACGAGAGGGUUCUAGCCGCGAAGAGCCCUCCCUGGAGAAAAUGUCCCGCGAGCAAAUCCCCACACGACCCUCAAGACGCUACGACUCUGGUUACUCCAGCCCCAGUACCCCCGAGAUGCCCGCCAGGGGCUCCUCCCCCAAGACGACCGCCCGCUACAAGAUUGUCCCCGACGCGGUUAUCAUCGAGCCUGCGAAACCCGCCAAGUACCGCUCGGUAUCUCCCGAACGGGCUCGUAUGGCGCCCAAGCGAGCCAGCACCUUUGCCACUUUUGAGGCAGAGUCUCCCCGCAUAGAGGUCCGCUCUGUGCGGCCUGUGCGCCAGUACGAUGAUGUCGAGUACACAGCUCGCCCUCGGGCCCAGGACGUUAAGUACACUCGUGAGAUUCGACCCAACGACGUCCACGUUUCGCCCGGUCGAUCUCACUACUACAACGACCACCGCCAUCCCCCAGCGGGAAGACGGCAGUCAGCUUAUGCAUAA